CUCAGAUGACCUCCAGUCUCUCAUGGGUGACCAGGGACGAUUAAAACCCUUGCAGCUGAAAUCCCGGAAAAGCAAAGAGAAGGAGAAACCCGUUCUACUGAGCAAACAGGAGCAGCUGGCGCUCAGUCCCCUGAGCCCAUUCGCCAACAACAACAGCGGGCGGCAGAAGGGUCUCUCUGAUGGCGUGCACCGAAUACGAGUGGACUUCAAGGAGGACUGCAGCAUUGAAAAUGUCUGGCUGAUGGGUGGCCUCAGUGUUCUGUCAUCUGUUCCCAUCCUGCCCCGGGUUCUUUGCCUGCUGUGCGCGAGCCAGGGGCACCACGAGAUGGUAUACUGCCAGGUCUGCUGCGAGCCAUUCCACAGUUUCUGCCUGGAUGAGAGGGAGAGGCCGAGUGCCGAGCAGAAGGAGACCUGGUGCUGCCGUCGCUGCAAGUUUUGCCACGUCUGUGGCCGCAAGAGCAAAACAUCAAAGCAUCUGCUGGACUGUAACAAAUGUCGAGCCACGUACCACGCUGCCUGCCUAGGACCCAGCUACCCAAACAAGCCGAGUAAGAAAAGGCAAACAUGGGUCUGUCCAAAGUGUGUUCGCUGUAAAAGCUGUGGAGCCACCACCCCAGGAAGGAGCUGGGACGCUGAAUGGUCGUAUGACUUCACCCUGUGUAAUGACUGCGCCAACCUCUUUGAGAAGGGAAAUUAUUGUCCGAUUUGUACGAAAUGCUACGAAGAUAACGAUUAUGAGAGUAAGAUGAUGCAGUGUUCCAAAUGCGACCACUGGGUUCAUGCCAAAUGUGAAGGUAUUUCCGAUGAGAUGUACGAGAUCCUAUCAAACCUGCCCGACAACAUUGUAUAUACGUGCCUGCCUUGUAUGGAGGGUAAGCCUGCAGAGUGGCAGGAGGUGGUUACUAGCGAGCUGCUAUCUGGCAUCAAGCAGGUGGUGACAGGAUUGGUGACCUCCAGGCUGACCGCUCACCUGCUGAAGCAAAAGGAGUGCGGAGAUGACAUCUCAGAUGUUUUUGACACGGGGGUCCCCUGUGACCUGGACGCUGUGAGGACCAAAUUUGAAGAUGGUGGUUAUUCUUCUGUGUUGGAAUUUUCUGACGAUGUAGCGCGAAUAAUUCAGAGCAGCAUCAAUGAGGAGCUUGAAUUCCCGGAUACCAGGAAAGCUAACUUAUCAGCAAAGGCCUAUUUCAUCAAGGUACAUCGAUCGAACAACAUUGGCUGCUCUCCAGUCUACUGCGACCUCACCUGUGGCUAA